AUGUCCUGGAGUAAAAUCUGUCGGGACUUCGCGGGUCUAAGCAACGGGAAAGCGAGAGAAGCAGAGGUUCCAGGCCGGCGGUUUAGAAAUGCCGACUCUAAAGCCAAGCGUGACCCGGAGCCUCUGGAUGCGCGAGAACGGAGGUGCGUUCCCCUGCAAGACAUCCAAUCUGCUGCUUGUUUCCCCGCGCCUGCCUGCUCGAGAGCUAAUUUGACCUACAUUUCCUUACCGUACCCCCUCCAACCACCCUCCGCCACCGCCAUUUCCUCGGCAAUCAUCGAGAUCUCAAUUGUCCUCAUCAUCUGCGGGGUCAUCAUCCCCGUUGAAGUCAGUGGCGUCGCCAACUCAUCCGCGUCCCUCGCCACUCUACCCAUCUCUCAUCCUUUCUGGUGUCAUUUAUCACUCCUAUCUCCUCUUCACCUGCUCUUCGAUGCGGCUGUCUACGCGCUAUCAACCACCCAGCUCCUCAUCCUCGAGACCAUCUGUUCCCUCAUACUCGCCACUCUCACCGUCACCUCCACCUUGAGGGACCCUCUCGCGUGUGCUGUCGCUUUCGGUGCAUAUGUUGCCGAUAUCGUGGCCCGUGAUGCCGCCUCCACAACGAUUCUCGUCGCCGAGACGCUGUGGGGUGCCUUCGUCGCCACCCUCCACGCGCUCAAGGACCGGGAGCCGCCCGCACCCCCUUCCUCUCCUCACGGAGCUCAAGUCGAGAACCCGUCAAAUGCUGAAAGUUUAGCGAAAGUGGUCUUCAAGCCCAAACAUUUGGCUGACCACCCUCGGCGCUCCUUGUCGACGAAUGACCGCCGUGUUCAGCUAGAGAUCCAACGCACGCGGGAAGCCAAAAUCGCGCUUGCCCUCUCACACCUCGCUGAAGACCCGAACGCCUUUUCAUACUCCUACUCCUCGACGUGUUCCUGGGAUUUCUCCUCCUCCGACUCGGAAGGCUCCAGCGAGGCUGUUACCCCCACUACCUCAGAAGAUGAAGGCGUAGCAUCAACCCUGAGCAAGACGUCCGAUUCUGCGGUUUCCCCAGGAAUCAAGCCCGCGACAACUGUAGUCCCAAGUCACGUCGGCAUCCACCCUCCCGUCGUGGCCCAUCGCAUCGCUAGCUUCGCCGAGGCCCCGCUUUCUCCUGUCAUCCCCCCGCACGAGAAAAUACAACAGGAGUCUCCCCUCACUGCAUUGGACCUAGUCGUCGACCCUGGCAUCGCCUCUUCCUCCAUCGUCAACCCGUUCUCCCAGGCCGCCCCCAACCCUCUUCUCCUCCCCGCCGCUGCUACCCAGAGCCCUCCGCGCUCAGCCUUCAACGCUUUCACCAGAAACGCCCCACUGACUCCCCCCAAAUCACUUGAUAGUCAUUCGUUGCUCGGAUUAGGGUCGUCCGUUCCUCCCUGCCCUCCGCCGUCGAUUAUCCACGAAGAAGUCCCGAUGCUGAUAGAAGCAGACUUCGACCUCGCCGCCGCUUCAACAGCACUUCAAACCACAAUAUACGGGGAGAUCACCCCGUUCGCGGACGAAGUCAUGACGGUCGACACAGCUGACGCGCAGACGACGGAUCCCGACGUGAUCAUGACCUCAGACCCGAUGGCCGUCGAUCAAGGCGAAGAACCGAUGAACAUCUCCGGUCCCUUCGACCUCGUCCACUGCCCCGCCGCGCCCGAAGUCGAGAUGGCCACGGACGACAACGCCCGGCCCCGGUCCAGACCGUCGCGCUUCGGCCCCCCUCUGCCAGCCCCGCCGCCGCCGCCGCCGCCGCCGCCGCCGCGCGCGUCCGACGUCUCCCCCGCAACCUCCGCGUCGUCCUACCUCGCCACGCCGUCCGGCCCCGCGCCGCUCGCGGGUUUCGCGCCGCGGAUCGUGGUGCGGGACGAGAACGACGAGCUCGUGGACUACGCCUCCGACGGCGAGUGGCCCGCGCCGCGCCGCACGUACGUGCCCUCGGUCGUGCCGGCGGAGAAGCCGCCGACGGAGGUGCCGGGGCUCGACAUGGACGAAGGCAUGGGCGACGACGACGGGUCCUCGCGGGUCCCGAAGCCGCGCGCGCCUCCCCCUCCGCGCCAGAACCACCGCGUGCUCCCGCGCCCGCCCGCCCCAGGGACGCCUGUGGGGAGGAGGCUGCCGGUGAGCGCGGGCGCGUGGGACGGCGAGCGCGACGAUGCGUCGGGGUCGGGCACCCAGUGGUGGAAAGGGAAGGAUAGGGCGCGGGCGGGGGAGACGCCUGUGAUCAGGCGGCCGCGCGCGAGCGCGUGGGACGAAGACGAGGAGUGUGUCGGCAAGGGCAAGGGCAAAGCCACGGCCAAGGCCAGUAUGCCGGACGUCGACGGGUUCUUGGACUCGAUCGACCUGGGUGGCGCCGGCGCCUUGCCAUUGAGGGCGUUCUACGAUGAAGAGCCCGCGGGGAGCUCGCGGAGGGGCAGCAAUCGCCUGAAGACGGACGAUGGUGUGGAGGAGGGCGGCGGGGACGUGGAAGAGGACGAAGAUGACGAAGACGAAGACGAAGAUGAAGACGCGGGCAAGAACCAAGCCCAGCAGACACAGCAGAACGACCAGGCCGACGACGAAGACUCGAGCGAUGACGACGACUACAAGCCCGAUGAAGACGACGACGGCGAUGACUCCUCGGACCUUAGCUCUGACGACGAGUGA